CAACGCCAACGCCAACGCCAUCACAAUGAGGCCCCGAAGGCAACUUUGAACCCAGGCCGUUGAUCAAUCGACGGUGGAAGUCUGAUCUCCUUUCCUGGAAAGAGACACGCCGAUAGAGAAGGAGACUGUGUAACCAGUACCAAAGCUAACAUCAUGUCUGCCGCUUCCAGCAUCGGAGUGGAAACCCUCACAUCACAAUCUGCCGUCAAAGACGUUGCCAUAUCGCUUCUGGACACUUCUGACCUUGGCAAUCUCACUGAGACAAUACGCAAUUGCCGCGCAACAGUCGAGAAUGUGGAAGUAAGAACCAGCCGUCAACAGCCACACUGGGGAUCCAACGAAGUUCAUCGGCUGUUUGAUACGAUAGGGGCUCUUCCGAACUUGCAAACCAUCCAAUUCAAGUUCCUGGGAAUGGGUGACCAUGACAACUCGUUUCCACUGUCUUUAUUCACACAUCUAUUAAGUCGACAACCAUGGCAGAGUCAACUCAAGUCUCUACGGUUCAUCCUUGUGGGUCCAAUUGAGUGCAACCAAGAGAAUGACUUACAAGACUUUUGCCGUGUCUUGCGGAACUUGAUGCAGCUCGAAGAAUUCAUCCUGUCUGCUUGCAGUUUUUCUCAUGACUGGCUCAGUAGUAGUAGUAGUGGGGCCUCACUGAGUCCUUUGCUAACGACAUUGGCGCAACUUCCGGCACUCCAAAAGGUCACCUUGAAAGCAACCACACGAGGCCAUUUGGGACAUUUCGAGGCUCCUGUAUUGGGAACCCUUUGUGAUUCUUCCAUUGCCCUCAAAUCACUAUCCAUCGACAACUUUACCUUGGGAAAUGAACACGUGGCAGCGUUGGCCCAUUGCAUGGCAUCCAACUCGACAGUGUUGGAAGAGGUCUACUUGAAUCUCUCGACGACUGUCACAGACUUGGAUCCUCGACAAUUUCCUGCUGCUUUGGAGACCAAUCGCAGUCUUUGCAAGCUCCAGAUUCGUCUUGCAAAACACAAGACCCUGGAUCUCUUUUUGGAGAAUACAGCUCAGGCUCUGUGUCAAAACAAUACACUCGUCGACUUUGCCGUGCACGGUGCCAUGAUGAAGCACAACGAUACAGUGGAAGAAUCAUUUGCUGGAAUGCUAGAAAGCAACUGUACAUUGCAGCGGCUAGUGCUUCCCUACUGUGCAAGCUGGAGACCCAAAAUUGACAUGCUACUAGGGUUCAACACGAGUCUACGGUUCAACAACAUGAGUGAUCGGAAGUGUCACAGGAGCUGCCCCGAAACAAUAUCACAACAAGAGUGGAUCGACCUGUUUGUCGACAAGGAUAUUUGCUUUCUGUAUUACUACUUGCGCUACAUCUGCCCUCUGCUCUGUAAUGAAAGAAGCGCAUCGCCCAUGCCCAUGGAUAUCUAGAUUGAGCGGGUCUUUUGUGCCUGCAUCGGCGAGGACACCAACAGAUGCGUGGAAACAAGUUGGAGCCAUAGAAUUAGUCUAGAAAGAACUACAGAAGUAACUUGUAAGUUUUUUCUUUCUGCCCAUGCGGACACACUGUGAACCUGCAGCAUCGGAUC